AUGGUUAAGCUUACCGAGGUCGAAGACGAGCACUUCAAGGAGAAGCCUACCACGAGCAAGGACGAUGCUCUUCUGGUCAGCGACGAGGAGGAUGACGACUUCACAGACACAGAAUCCGAGAUCUCGUCCGACUCCUACUCCAUCCUCGAAGAAGAAACCCUGCUCGAACGCCUCGCUGCUCUUCAAGACAUCAUCUCCCCAUCCUCCCGCCGCAAGAUCUCCAACGUUUUCUCCUCCAUGACCUCAUUUACCAAAUCAACUUUCUCCUUCGGUGGAAAGACCUUAUGGGUCGUGAGCACCAGCGCGUUCUUGCUCGGCGUGCCGUGGGCAUUGGCCUUGGCCGAGGAGCAACAGUAUGUGCAGAUGGAGAGGGAGCAGGGGAUGAUCAAGGGUGCCAACGAAAUGUUGACGCCCGGUGCUACGAGUGCCUUAACCCAACAGCCCGCGCAGCCGACGUUGUAA